GGAGGCUGCACACACAGCCUGCAAUGAGAGAGGACACACCUUCAGUCCCUGCUGCAGCUCCACAGCGACAGAGGGAGAUUUUCGGGAAGUUUGCACACUCACAACACAACCCCCCCUACCCCCCAAACACCCACAAAGCCGGUGUGACUGUGACCCAGAAGACGCACAGAAGAAGAGAGGAUUUGGAGAAAGGCACGCAGGUGGAAGUUGACGAUGGCACUACUGCUGUAACGCCGGUUUACAUUGACAACUUUUUCUUUUUUUUUUUAUAAAUUUGGAGUUUUGUUGCUUAAUCGGAAUGGAAAGACCGCCUAUGCAUCAUCCCGACAGGAAAAACCCCAGCAAGAGAGAAUGAAGUAACCGCUAUGGAGCCGGACAAUGCCCCGCACUCCGAACUCAAAGGAGUCGGGGGGAGAGUCCUGAUUCUUUGGACCAUAUUGUGUUGCACCUGCUCCCUCAGACUGGCACAGGCACAAGAUGUAGAUAUUCUUCAGCAGCUGGGUCUCACUGUGCAAAGGGCAAGUGGGGGGUCAACACUGUGGAGCUCUCGAUCCAUCCCUAAUGGCAUCAUCCCCUUCAAGUCUGGCAUCAUACUCACCCCCAGGGCACGCAUCCAGGUGCCUCUGCGCACCGUCAUUCCUGCUUCCUACGCCUCCACCGCCAAUCUCUCCCUGAUUCUUUGCCUGUCUGUUCACCGCAUCAACAAUGCCUUUCUCUUCUCUGUUGUGUCCAAGAGAAGAAAAGUGCAGCUUGGUGUGCAGUUUAUACCGGGCAAGGUCCUGGUUCACGUGGGCCACAGGAACUCUGUCACAUUCAACUAUGAUGUUCACGAUGGUCGGUGGCACACUCUGGGCUUGGAAAUCCGCAGCCUCCGGGUGACCUUACACACAUCGUGUGGGGACAGAAGUCUUCAUGCAUAUUUGCAUACCAAAAAAGUGGAGAUGCUGGAUCCGGAGGGCUCGUUCCUACUGGGCAAAACCAACCACAAUGCGGUCCCAUUUGAAGGCGCCAUUUGCCAGUUUGACAUUUAUCCUUCGGCAGAGGCAGCUCAGAACUAUUGUGAUUACAUUAAGAAACAUUGCAGAGAGGCCGACACAUACCGGCCUAUUUUGGCACCCCUGCUACCUCUAGUUACGACAGAUCCAAACAUGACUCAUGUAACUGCACUGGCAUUAACAGAGGUAUCCCAAAAAACCAUGAAACCUACUUCAAUACCAGCUCAGGAACCCAUUAUUGCGUGGAAUGAUACAUAUAUGUAUUGGACACCUGAUACAGCUGCUGUCAGUCAAGUGGACCAUGCAGGGUUAGAAACACCGUUAAAGUCUCAAACUGUACCAACACCCCUUAGGAUCAAUGCAACUCCACAUUCACAGAAACCAUUUUUCCAAGCAGGAGACAAUACAACACAAAGAGAUGGCAGCUCUCUUGUUGGGAAAGAAUUGAUGGAUUUACCAGUCUCUACAAGACCAUCAGAGGCCACAGUCCAGACCGCCACCGAUUCCCCUUCCACAUCCUACUCACUUCAGAAUGAGCACAGAGGGGCUCCAAAGAAACCUAAUCUCAAAAGAACUCAGGAUGUCAAAACCACACCAAAUACUCCCAUCACUCCUGCGGCCUUAGAUGACUUGCAAACGUUUGACCUGGACCCAACCUAUGUCUCCCUUCUGGCGUUACCCCCUGGACUUAAGGGAGAACCGGGACCUCCGGGUUUUCAAGGACUUCCAGGAUUGCCAGGAAAGCAAGGAAAGAGGGGACCACGGGGUCCCGUUGGCUCACACGGAAAACCUGGUCGACCUGGACCUCCUGGAAUGAAGGGACAAAAGGGUGAUCCCGGUGUGUCCCUUGGUCAAGCCCCAAAAGGACAAAAAGGAGAGCCUGGUGUCACAGGCCUCGUUGGACCGCCUGGCCAACAUGGGCGAAAGGGACAAAAAGGUCAUCCUGGUCCUGCUGGUCUGCCUGGUGAACCUGGGGAAAGGGGAGCUGACGGAAGCCCCGGGGUCAAAGGUUAUCCUGGCAGGCAGGGUUUACCCGGGCCUGUAGGCAAACCAGGGCCAAAAGGAGUCGAGGGGCACAUUGGCCUCCCUGGGUUCUAUGGCCUUCCAGGUCCUGAUGGAGAGAGAGGAAUUCCUGGCGUUCAUGGGAAGAAGGGCGAGAUGGGUAGGCCGGGGUUUCCUGGCGACUUUGGAGAGAGGGGGCCUCCUGGUCCGGAUGGCAACCCUGGUGACCUUGGAGUUCCUGGUCCAUGUGGAGUCCCUGGUCUUCUUGGCGACAUGGGCCCUGCCGGUGAUAUGGGCUUACCAGGACCACCAGGACUCAAGGGAGUACCUGGAAACCCCGGUGAACCAGGACUGAAAGGUGAUAAGGGGGAUAUUGGCUUGCCAGGAGAGCCAGGUGAGGGGGGCUUCAAAGGUGACAAGGGCAUGCAGGGGUCACCUGGGCCACCAGGACCUUUUGGAAAUCCAGGACGACAGGGUCAGCCUGGUGAACGAGGCCCUGGUGGUUCAGCCGGCCCUCCUGGCCCAGAGGGUUUCCCAGGUGACAUCGGCCUACCGGGUCAAAAUGGCCUGAAAGGACCAAAGGGAAAGCAAGGGACGAGAGGUUUGCCUGGGCCACAAGGAACAUCUGGACUACAGGGGGAUGAGGGGCCGGUUGGACCAGCUGGGCCAACAGGACUUGAGGGCAGGCCUGGGAGGCAAGGAUUCUCCGGAAAUACAGGCCCGGACGGACUCAAGGGUGAGAUGGGGAUAACCGGAGACAUUGGGAAUCUUGGCGAGAGGGGUCUUCCUGGCUUCAUCGGGGCUGCUGGGGUGAUGGGCCUUGCCGGAGAAAUGGGCGAUCGUGGGAAGACAGGCACUCCCGGGCCUCCAGGGGAACCGGGGCUGAUGGGUCACACUGGAAUACCAGGAGAGACAGGGUCUCCUGGGACACAAGGGAUCGCAGGACCUCCAGGCUUGAGGGGAUCGACUGGAGUCAAAGGACCCAAAGGCACGGAGGGUCCGAGGGGUCCUGAUGGCGCAGUUGGGGACGACGGGGCUGCUGGACUGAAGGGCCCUGAUGGUCCGCCAGGAAAGUCAGGCCUCCCUGGUGAUAUGGGAAAGCUCGGUGAGCCCGGUGAAGCUGGGCAGAAGGGAUUUCCAGGUAUCCAAGGGCCCUCAGGUCCACCAGGGGAUAAAGGAAUUGCCGGGGACACAGGAGCAGCAGGACCUCCAGGAUCGAGCGGUCCGACGGGGGAGAUGGGACCAAUUGGGUUACCCGGAAAGACUGGCGAGAGAGGACUGUCUGGUGAACCUGGGGAGAAAGGUGACACCGGUGCACUUGGCAACACAGGAGAGCAGGGUUUAAUUGGCCAGAGAGGUGAGCAAGGCAUUGAUGGCGAGGCUGGACCAAGUGGACCUGAUGGCAUUAAGGGUGAAAAGGGUGAUGCUGGUCCAGAGGGUUCUACAGGAGAAAAGGCUGAAAUAGGCCACAAAGGAGAGGAAGGACCCUGUGGACCUCCAGGUCUGUCAGGAGUGAGGGGUCAAGAGGGUAAACCAGGCAAAAUUGGCGAGAGAGGAAAACCAGGAGGCAAGGGGAUGAAAGGUCACCAAGGUCACCUGGGAGAGAGUGGGCCAAUUGGUGAGCACGGACCGCCAGGGUUUGUGGGACUGAAGGGAGCAAGAGGAGCGAUUGGACCAGUGGGUGCUCCUGGAAGAAUGGGCCAACAGGGAAACCCGGGGAUAUCAGGCUAUGAGGGUCACAAAGGACUUCAAGGCUCACAAGGACCACCAGGACCUAAAGGUGAAAAGGGUGAACAGGGGGAGGACAGCAAAGUAGAAGGUCCACCAGGUCGCCAAGGUGACAGAGGUCCACCUGGUAACAGAGGUGAUAGAGGACAGGCAGGUGAACCCGGAUACAUUGGUCCAAUAGGUGUUGAUGGCGAGAGAGGUAAAGCCGGUGCGCCAGGACUUCCCGGGCAUCCUGGGCCCACAGGACAGCAAGGACUGAAAGGGUCCAAAGGUGAACAAGGUCAGAAAGGAAAAUCCGGGGCGAGCGGAACGCCUGGGACAAAAGGACCACCUGGUCCAGAAGGACUCCCUGGCCCACGAGGCGUUACUGGCAAGGAGGGUCCUGAGGGGCUUCCUGGAAUGGAUGGACUGCCUGGUAAAGAUGGAAGCAAAGGCACUAAGGGCGAGCAGGGAGAGGAUGGAGAAGUGGGCUUAGUCGGAAAACCAGGGCAGCGGGGUACAAAUGGUGAGACGGGGCUUCCUGGUGAUCAAGGCUCCUUUGGACCAAAGGGUGAAAGUGGUCUCCCGGGCCAAAUUGGAAAUGUUGGGAUGAGAGGGGCCCUUGGUGGAAUGGGCUUGAUGGGGAUACAAGGAGUGAAAGGCUCCAAAGGGCAACCAGGUGACAUCGGCGAACGAGGAUUUCCAGGGGUGUUAGGUCUGUUUGGGCCAAAGGGACCCCAAGGAGACAUGGGUCCAGCAGGCAUUCUGGGACCAAGAGGACCUAGAGGAUUGAUGGGUAUGGAGGGAGCCCUGGGCCCUGUUGGCAUCAUCGGCCCCAGCGGCCAUCCUGGACUACAAGGUGACAAAGGAAGUCGAGGGGAGACGGGGUUUCCAGGACCAAGGGGAUCUCCUGGUCCUCGUGGACCACCGGGACCACCAGGUCACCCCAGUUCUACUGUUUCACUUAAAAGCGAGGCCCUUGGUGCUGCUUUUCAAGUCAUCAUUGAUUCCCAUGCUGCAUUGAGGCCAGAGUAUGUGGAACUUCCCAUGCUGGACCAGGGCACAGAGAUCUUCAGGACUUUGCAGCAUCUCAGCUCUCUAAUCCACAGUCUUAAGAACCCACUGGGGACCCGCAACAAUCCUGCCCGGAUCUGCAGAGACCUCUACAACUGUGAGCAAAGGAUGUAUGAUGCCACUUACUGGGUCGACCCAAACCUCGGCUGUGCUGCAGACGCUAUUGAGGUGACAUGCAACUUCACUGCUGGAGGACAGACCUGCCUAAAACCUGUCACUGUGUCCAAGCUGGAGACGGGGGUGGGUCGCAUCCAGAUAAACUUCAUCCACCUCUUGAGCACAGAGGCUGUUCAGCACAUCACGGUCCACUGCUUUAACACGCCUGUGUGGGCUGCAGGACCCUCACUGCAACUCUACAGUCAGGCUUUGAGCUUUAAGACCUGGACAGGGGAGAAGAUCCAAGCAGGCGAUCUUCUGGAACCACUUGUACCCAGAGACGACUGCUGGAUCAAAGAUGGCCGCUGGCGUCAGACCCAAUUCGUGUUUCAUACUCAGGAGCCAAAUUUGCUCCCCAUCGUGGAUGUGUCCAACCUGCCAAGCACAGAGCCUGGAUCACGCUAUCACCUUGAAGUUGGACCAGUAUGCUUCCUAUAGAGCUCUGAGAGGCUUUUGACAGUGGACUAUGGGGACUUCCAUUGACUCUCCAAAAGAUUAUGCUCGGACUGCAGAAACAGGAGCGGCAAUAUUUAAGACUUCUGGCACUGAUCCGCCUUUGGAAUAAAAUGACUGUGUUUUCCUCACCAGAGACUUGUUUGCAAUCCAAGCUCUGAAUUCAAUGGACGGAAAUAAUAUGAACAUUUCAUUGUUUUGGCUUUGACCAUCAAACUCUCUGGUUGUACAGAAAUAAUGAAGGUACAUUUAUAAAUAAAAUAAUUAGUUUAAUGUAUUAUUUAUAUUUGUGUAUGUACUGUAUGUUGUAAUAUAAAGUGCAAUAGCUGUUACCGUGUGCCUCAUAUUACUCAUUCAGGUCAUAUGUGCAGAGAUCCCCAGCUUCAGUGUGAAGUGUGACGGUACUACCUCGUACUGUGCCUCUCCUCUCACAGUACUCCAUGUGCAGUACAUCCACUGGCCACUUCAUUGGUACACCUGCACACUCUAAUAAGAUCCAAUGAAAGAGCUAUAUACAAAAAAAACAAAGAUAAUCAGCUUUGAUUGACGCUGUCAGAGAUGAGUUUGUAACACUUUGCCUCUACUACUUGUAUGUGUAACGAAACCACAAUGCGGUGCGCGCACUGCAAAGUACAACCACAAUAAUAAACGUUGUUUAAAUAUCUAUCAACUUGAACAUUUUUAUAUUCGUAAAAGCAGAUUCCUCACAAUUUUGGAGCAGGUCUAAUUAGAUCGAGCAGCUGUACCUAAUAUUGAGGCCAGUGUGUGAGAAAGAGUUGACACCGGGUGCUGCAAGUGUUCUGUACUUAAAGGGAAUAUUAUAAUAUAUACACGCUGACCAAUAAAUUCUAU